AUGUCAAGUCUAGAAAUUCAAUUAACAAAAGCUAAACUCGACCGAUUAGAAAAAAAGUAUCAGCAAGUUAAUCUAGUGAAUAUAGAAUUAUCAUCGUUAAGAUCUAAUGCUUAUCUUAUGAUAAGAAAUGAGAGCUUUAGUGGUGAUGUAGAGGGUAUGUGUAAACCCAAGGUUCCGUGGCAAGGUCCAAAAGAAUUUGAAAUCGAUCCUAAAGAAUUCAGCAACUUUGAAUUGAUCGUAACAGGCAGCGCUGCUCAAGGAAAAAUUCAUGUAUCACAAUCAUCAGAAGAAGAAAGUGAUUUCUCAUCAUUAAUUAACGUUACGGUACAAAUAUUACUUGGUCAUGAAUCUUUACAAAAUAGAGUUUCGGUGAUUUCGUCAUUUAAUUCAUCAAGCUGUCAUCUUAAAGUAACGACCCCUGGAAACGUUUCUUUUCCAAGUUGUAUCUUAGUAAACGUUAAUAUUACAUUUCCCAAAAAUUUAAAAAUAUUUGGUAAUUUCUAUAUUAACGUAAUUAAUAAUCAUAUCAUUGAUGACAAUUUGAAGAAUAUCACAUUUAAUUAUGUUGGUUGGAAAUCAAGUCAAUCCAUAAAGGUCAAGAGUUUAAAAUCGCGUGAGAUUGCCGUUCAAUCUCUUGGAAAUAUAUCAGGAAAUUAUUAUAUUGACAGGGCUCUUUUAUUAAAAACUGAUAAUGCAUGGAUAGAUGCUACCGUUAAAUCCUUAUCUAAUUCAACACCAAGAUCCAUUCAUCUCUUUACGUCAAAUUCAGCCAUUCAAGGAUCUUAUCCUUUUGCGCAUUUAUUUGAGGUCCGUACGUCAAAUGGAAAAAUAGAUUUAGAAGUAAAUGGUAAAUCUCAAAGCGGUGGUAAAAUUAUUUUAACCACGAGCAAUGGAAAUAUUGGUGGUAGAUAUGAUGUUAGUAGCGGAUGGCAUGCUUCAACAAGUAAUGGUAACAUAAAUGUUGAAUUAAGUCUUGCUAAUUCAACUGCUGAUAAGCUGGUUCGAAUAUCUGGUAAAACUUCAAAUGGACGCAUCAAAACUUUUGUGUCUGAUCUAUAUAAUGGUCGAUUUCGUUUGCAAACGUCAAAUGGAAAGACCAACAUUGAAGGAAAUGAUCAUGCUAUUGAUUAUAAAGUAAAUACGACAUCAUAUAAAAUUGGUUAUAUAGGGAAUAAAAAGAACAAUGAACUUUUAUUAUCGAGUUCAAAUGGGAAAAUUGAUCUAAAAUUUUUAGAUAAUUGA